AUGUUCUUUACCCCAGACAAAUACAGCAGGCCUGGGGACCCUGUUUUUGUGUUCUGUGUCAUCUUCAUGACCCUGAGAGGACCGCGAGGCUGGGCGUGCACACGGACUCCGGGAAAAGACGAACCUGACGACCACGGUGCCGGGCCGGGGGACGGGAAGGGAAGUUCGCCAGGACCCAGAGGCCGAGUUCUCCGGACACCCGGAAACAGGGGUGGCGGCCAACGUCGGGCGGGCAGUGGGCAGGAACAGGGGGCAGGGGCAGGGCGGGCAGGGGGCAGGGACAGCGCGUGCCCUCGGCGCACAGCCCCUCGGCUAGAGCGGGCGCCAACGGCCAGCCGGCGCGGUGCGCACCGAGCGCAGGCGCCCCGGGGGGACCGUGCUCCCGGCCCGGCAGGCUGCGCACAGCCCGGCACAGGAGACUGCGGGCGGUGCGGCCUCCGCGGGGUGGGGCGCAACGCCGGGGGCGGGGCCUUUGCGCCCGGACCGCCUCCUCCGCUUCUAAAGACGGCGCGGGCGCCCAGCUGCAGCACGCGCUCCUCCCGCCCGGGUGCCGCCGCCGCCUUGCCACCUGCUUGGACCUCCCGCCUCACCUCACGUCGCAUCAGCUCGCCUCACCUCAGCUCGGCUCGAAAUGGACCCCAACUGCUCCUGCUCCACUGGUGGCUCCUGCACCUGUGCUGGCUCCUGCAAAUGCAAAGAGUGCGCAUGCACCUCCUGCAAGAAGGCUGCAUCGGAGCAAUGCGGCUGCCGUGCCUGAUGUGGGAGAGAGCCCGCUGCCCGUGGAAAGAGAGCAGGCUUGACAAACCUGCCUUUGAGAGUCAGCAUACGAUCCUGGCCCUUUUCCUGUGAGCCCCGUGAAUGAUAAUAAAAGUGGUUGAUUUGAUUGUG